UUCUACACAAGAUCGACGAAGUUUUGAUACCGACCGUAUCUCCCAGCGGGGUGUCCAACAGGGUAUACAAUCCAACCGCGUGGGAAUUUUUGGAAAACUACGAUACGCUUAUUUCGAACAGCCAAACUCCCUUCAGAGUCAGGAAUUUCCGCCAGAAAGUUCAGCAGAAGGGCAAACAGGAUAUCUACAAAGUGGAAGGAGGACACACAUUCUUCAUUCCGAUCGAUGAAGGAUUUGGGAACGACAGGGCCGCCUCGAUAGACGAGAAGAUAAUUGAUGGACACGUCAUUCCUAAACAAGUGCUUUUCACGACGCCUACUAAGAAAGACGUCCCCUAUCAGACGUUGGCCAACGGAGAUAACAACAUCAGGGUGGUGAUUCUCUUUACGCAGGAACAGAGAGGCGCCUCGGUUGUCAAUUACGUUAAAAGCCACACUCUCUUUGGAGAUGGCACCCACACACCAGGUGUGGUUUUGGCAGAAAUCGUGAAACCCAAUAUACCCGUCAAGAAUGGAGUCGUUCACCUGAUCCAAAAACCUCUGAUGGUCGUCGAUGGCUCCGUUAAGAAAUUACUAGAGGAACAAUUGGACUAUAUCUGCAACGUCGGCAACGUUGCCAGACACGACAACUUUCAUAUCCCUGAGUAUUUCCAAGAAUACGAUCCAGGCUAUUUCCAGAGAUAUCCAGAUUACCUGGCGAACAUUCAAUAUCAGGAACAAGACGGUAGAAUCCUCAGCAACUUUUUCAACGCCAUUAAAGACGCAGGACCGGCUGGAGAAGAUUUCCUGAGGACUUUGGACAAAGGCCAUGAUAUCACCUUGUUCGCUCCUUGCAAUAGAGCCUUAGAAGGCGAUUUGACACUGAACGCGAUUUUAAGAGAUACUCCAAGGUUCCUGGAUAUACUCAAGAUGCAUCUUGUUGUCGAUAAUAGAUUGUACGUUGACAAGAUUUUGCAGGAAAGUCAAGCUAGGGUAUUUCAAGCAAACACGCUAAACAAAGGCAAAAACCUCUACUUCAACGUCAUAACUUCAGAUAUCAACAGAACAUUGACAGUCGAAGGUGGCGGUGUCAACGCAACUGUCAUCCAGCCCGAUUUGGCGGCAACCAACGGCAUCAUCCACAUUAUCGACAGAGUUCUUGGUGUGCCCUACAGUACCGUGUUGGAUAAACUUAGAACUGAUCCCAUGCUCAAGGCUACCUACACUUUGGGCAACCUGCAAGGUUUCAAUAAUCAACUGAAUGACACGAGAAAAAGAUUUACAUUCUUCGUACCGCGCGAUAAAGCUUGGUUUGACGCAAAAGUGGCGCUGCCUUCGGCAAUUAAGAAGCUUUUUAUGAAAGAAUACGCUUAUCACGCUACUUCUACCCUCGAACGCCACCUAGUCAUCGCUGCUGAAUCAUAUUCGAUGGAGAAAAUCAAGCAAUUGUCCAAUGAUAGUAAUACUUUCGGUACAUUCGGACAACAGCGGGAGGUUGAACUGCCUACAGCUAGAGGAUCCUUGAGAUUGUAUGUCGAAGAAAGACAAGAUAAUAUGGAUCCAAACUCAGAUAGUUCAUCUUUCAUCAUCGUAUGGAAAGGCGAAAAAAUCCCAGUUUUCCGUCCCAACGUCGAAUGCACGAACGGCAUCAUCCACGUCAUCGACGCUCCGUUCCUGAAGGAGAGCGACAUCCAAGUGAGCGCCGCCUACGUCAUCGCUCCCCACGUCGCCAUGUUUAUCCUUUCGAUAAUCGUACUUGUCUAA